GCGGGGCUGGGGGCCGCGGCCCCGGGCGGGGGCUCGGCGCGGGCCCGCGAGAUGCCGGUGUCGGCGGCCCGAGCGGCUGCAGCUGCAGCGGCGGCAGAAGCGGCGCGGGGGGCCGCCGGCGCGUAGCCGGGACCAUGGAGGGGCAGAGCGGCCGCUGCAAGAUCGUGGUGGUGGGGGACGCGGAGUGCGGCAAGACGGCGCUGCUGCAGGUGUUCGCCAAGGACGCCUACCCCGGGAGUUACGUCCCCACCGUGUUCGAGAACUACACGGCAAGCUUUGAGAUCGACAAGCGCCGUAUUGAGCUCAACAUGUGGGAUACUUCAGGCUCUUCUUACUAUGACAAUGUCCGGCCUCUGGCCUAUCCCGACUCCGACGCUGUGCUCAUCUGCUUUGACAUCAGCCGACCGGAAACACUGGACAGCGUCCUCAAGAAGUGGCAGGGAGAGACACAGGAGUUUUGCCCCAACGCCAAGGUUGUGCUGGUUGGCUGUAAACUGGACAUGCGGACCGACCUGGCUACGCUGAGGGAGCUGUCCAAGCAGAGGCUUAUCCCCGUUACACAUGAGCAGGGCACGGUGCUGGCCAAGCAGGUGGGGGCCGUGUCCUAUGUGGAGUGCUCUUCCCGGUCCUCAGAGCGCAGCGUCAGGGAUGUCUUCCACGUGGCCACAGUGGCUUCCCUUGGCCGUGGCCACAGGCAGCUGCGCCGCACCGACUCACGCAGGGGACUGCAGCGAUCCGCACAGCUGUCAGGACGGCCAGACCGGCCAGACCGAGGGAACGAAGGCGAGAUACACAAGGAUCGAGCCAAGAGCUGCAACCUCAUGUGAGGGGCUGCGGGGUUGGGGUCGGGGAGUGCAGAGUGAGGAGAGGCAUGGGCAAGGUAUCCAAGGGUUCCCCGACUUUCUUGCCCGCCUCCUGAGCGCUGCUGA